AUGGAAAACGUUAAUGACGUAAACGGCGGGGAAGACAACUCAAGGUCGGGAAACUCGAAUCAGGAGGAGGGCGAGCGCCAGCGGAGUCACGAGGUAAGCAUGGACGUGGAGGAACAGGAGAGCCCUGGGCGCCUAUCAGUAGACGAGGGAGAUUCUUUAACGAAGAGGGAGUUAUUUCGAAUCAUUGCUGACCAAGAUCGGGCCAUUGCGGCGCUCAGGAGAGAAUUGGAGGGGGAGCGAAGUGAAGACAUGAUGAUGUACAGCCCCGGAUGGAGGAAGCGAGACAGGGUGGGGGCAGACUCUGUAUCCCAGCAACAUGGACUACCACACCAGACCGAAUAG